AUGGGGGUGAUUAUAUCUCUCCCUGUAAAUUUGGCAGCCUCUUUUUUGGCAUCAUGCUUUGGUUCAUGUACGUCGACGAUUCUCACGAAGUCCUUUAAGUCUUUGAGCGGGGGCUCUUCUUCACUCUCUACAAGACUAAAUUAUGCGGCAGGACUUCUGGUCAACUCGUUAGCUUCCUGGAUUUCCAUGUCUUCGAACUACUCGCUUUUAUGGCCUGGUAAAACAUGUACCUCAAAUGGCGAAUGUGGAUUUUUCAGUGUGCAUAGGCUAAAUUUUGCACUCGGAGUCUUGCAUUUAGCGUUAGCAGCAAUGCUCGUGGGAGUCAAGUCUACAAGUGAUAGACGGUCUCAGCUUCAAAAUUCGUGGUGGCUAGUGAAAAUCUUGAUCUACUUCUCCCUUGUUAUUAUAUCAUUCUGGAUUCCUAAUGAGUUUUAUAUUGUAUUCUCGAAGUGGAUUUCGGUGCCAUCAGGUGCACUUUUCAUUCUUAUUGGAUUGGUAUUGCUGGUAGAUUUCGCUCAUGAAUGGGCUGAGACCUGCAUACAACAUGUUGAGCUGGAGGAUGAGCAUUCUUCCUUUUGGCAGAAAUUUCUAAUAGUUGGCACAAGUGCAAUGUACCUCGCUUCAUUGGUUAUGACAGUACUGAUGUACGUCUUUUUCUGCCAAAGUCAUUGUAACAUGAAUAGGGUAUCGGUCAGCAUGAACAUGGUUUUGACUCUUAUAACUACUGGUAUUUCGGUACAUCCUAAAAUACAAGAAUACAACCCAAAAUGCGGGCUAGCACAAAGUAGCAUGGUUGCUGUUUAUUGCACAUACCUAACGAUGAGUGCUAUGUCCUCUGAACCAGACGAUAAACAAUGCAAUCCACUCGUGAGAUCAAGUGGUACCCGUAAAGCUAGCGUCAUUUUGGGUUCCUUGUUCACUUUUGUAGCCAUUGCGUAUACCACCACAAGAGCGGCAGCAAAUUCAGCGUUCAAUUCAGGUGGACAAUCGAUCUAUUUAGAUGGUGAUGAUAACGUCGAAUACGAGGGCAUCGGGCAAUCAAGAAACCAGUUAAGAUUGGAAGCAAUAAGACAGGCAGUUGAAGAGGGUUCACUUCCCGAAAGCGCCCUUUACGACACAAGCUGGUUGGGAUCACCAGGCCCGGUUCCCACUGGAAAUGAUGUGUCUGAUGAUUCAGAUGAUGAGAAAAUAUCUACCAGAUACAGCUAUUCGCUUUUUCAUAUUAUAUUCUUCCUAGCAACUCAAUGGAUUGCAAUUCUUUUGACAAUUAAUGUCACUCAAGAUGAAGUAGGAGAUUUCAUUCCGGUGGGGAGGACCUAUUUUUAUUCGUGGGUGAAAAUUGUAAGUGCCUGGAUUUGCUAUGCACUUUAUGGUUGGACUUUGAUAGCACCAAUGGUGUUACCUGAUAGAUUCGGGUAUGAGGACUUUUGA